UAAAUUCAACAACAUUGUGGCUAGUGUGGUAUAUAUUGAGACUAUUAGCACAAGUAAUUAUUCUCUCCCAAAAAUCAAACAGGUCUCAAAUUAAACCCCAAAAUAUGAAGACCUCCAAUAUCUUCCUCCUCUUCUUACUCGCAUCUUUCGUUAUCAUCGGAAAUAUCGAAGUGGCUAUGGCGACGCGAACGAUUGAAGAAAAUGGAGGGAAAAAGUGUGAGAGAGGAAGUGUGGACAUAGUGAAUGGAUGUGUUGAUUCCGACUGCGACAACGGAUGCAGGGUGAACUAUGGGAGCACAGCUACUGGUGCAUGCAAAACCAAGACUUUAUGUGUUUGCUAUGGCCCGUGUUAAAUUAAUUAGUAGUAAGUUACUAUGGAGCUAUAUCGGGUGAUACGAUUCUUACCAUAAUGAUACGAUGUGUUUUUUACCAUAGUGAUUGAAUUUUGGAAGAGAAAGUAAUAGAGAUAAUCAUGCUCC